GGACUUUAAUGCAGGUAGGUGCCGCCCGAAACGAGUAUUGUUACCCCCGCGGAUGUGUUGCUCACUGACGGGAGACUGCGUAGACUUCAGCCGACCGGUCGCUGAUCAUGAAGACCUCCAAGGAAGCCGUGCAGACCGCAGCCAAAGAGUUUCUCCAGUUCGUCAACAAAGGGGUGUCCCCUUACCACGUGGUGGACGAAUGCAAGCGACGGUUGUUGAAGGCCGGCUUCAUCGAGCUUAAAGAGGCCGAACAGUGGGACAUCAAGCCCUCUGCCAAGUACUUUAUGACAAGAAACUACUCGAGCCUGAUCGCUUUUGCAGUGGGCGGACGUUAUCUCCCAGGAAAUGGCUUCUCCCUGAUCGGUGCUCACACAGACAGCCCAUGCAUGAGGGUCAAGCCCAGGUCCAAGAAGACCAAACAGGGCUGUCUGCAGGUGGGGGUGGAGUGCUACGGCGGGGGCAUAUGGAACACCUGGUUUGACCGCGACCUGACCAUUGCGGGGCGUGUCAUGGUCAAGAGCGGGGACAAGCUGGUCCAUCGUCUGGUCCACGUGCCCAGGCCUAUCCUCCGCAUCCCCCAUCUGGCCAUCCACCUGCAGAGGGACAUCAACGACUCCUUCGGCCCCAACAAGGAGAACCACCUCGUGCCCAUCCUAGCCUCUUGCAUCCAGGAAGAGCUGGAGACCGGCUGUGCGUCUACGUCUUCUGGGGAUGCGGUCAAUGCCACCACCACAGCGGAGAAACACCAGCCGGCGCUGGUGAAGGUGCUGUGUUUGGAGCUGGGUGUCCAACCCGAGGAACUGCUGGACUUUGAGCUGUGUCUGGCCGACACGCAGCCAGGGGCGUUGGGAGGUGUGCAUGAAGAAUUCAUCUUCUCUCCUCGUCUCGACAACCUCCACAGCUGCUACUGUGCCCUGCAGGGACUGGUAGAUUCCUGUUCAGGCAGCUCUCUGGACAUAGACCCCAACAUCCGCAUGAUCUCCCUGUAUGACAACGAAGAGGUGGGCUCAGAAAGUGCCCAGGGGGCCCAGUCUAACCUGACAGAGCUGAUCCUCAGGAGGCUGGCGUCCAGCUCCGAAAACCGCACGGCCUUCCAGCAGGCGGCGCCGCAGUCCUUUAUGAUCAGCGCCGACAUGGCGCAUGCCGUGCACCCAAACUACCAGGAGAAGCAUGAGGAGAACCACAGACCAGCGUUUCACAAGGGUCCAGUUAUCAAGUUCAACAGCAACCAGCGCUACGCUACCACCGCCGUCACUGCCGCUGUCGUUAGAGAGAUCGCCAGCCGGGUCGAUGUGCCUCUUCAGGACGUCAUGGUGCGUAACGACAGCCCGUGCGGGACGACCAUCGGCCCCAUCCUGGCUGCUAGGUUGGGCAUCCCCGUGCUGGACAUCGGCGCCCCCCAGCUCUCCAUGCACUCCAUCAGGGAGAUGUGCUGCACCACCGGGGUGCUGCAGAGCACCACCCUCUUUAAGGGCUUCUUUGAGCACUUCCCCACAGUGAGGGGCAUGCUGACAGUAGACUAGAGCUACGAAGAUCCAACAUGGCCGCCACGAGGACGUCGCCGCUGGAGAGACACAAACGCCCCCACUCUUAGAAGCGUUUGUUUCCUUACUGUAGAACAAAACCACACAUUUUUCCUGCUUUUCAACACAACAUAUUACAAUCAGGAGCAGUGUAUUGUCGUUUCUAUCAUGUACUCGAGUACACAAACCAGUACACAAACGAAACAAAAUUUCGUUUCACCCAGCCCACAGUAGUGCGGCACAAAAGAUAAAAACGCAUAACCAGAUUUCCACAAAUGACACCACCAAAAACACACAAACGGGGUAACAACUCAGUGCAACAACUCCACCGUCCAGAGAGCGAACGCCCGCCAGGAUGCCGGUCUGCCUGGGCUAGCAGUUAGCCUAGCCUGCCCCGCUUCUGCGUCCCGUCACACCGCCCUUGCUGCUCCCCUUGGGGCAGGGCCGUGGUCCCUGGGCCCACGGGACGCAGCAGACCAGGCUCCCUCAGCCGAUCCAGCACCGGCUCUCCCAGCCAGACACCUUCGACACCCCUCCCCCGCACGCCACACGACGACACCAAA